AUGAAUAAUUAAGUGUUGCUUCUCCAAAAAAGACCAGAUGAGUCUUUCCCUCAAAAUAUGAAUUUCUUUUAAAUACAAUAGUAAUCUACACCUCAAUUGGACAAGGGAGAAAUCCUUAUACGUGUACUUUUCAUUGGUAUAGAUCCAGUCAUGAGAGUUUGGCUAUCUGGUGCCAAAACAUAUAUAGAUUCAGUGUAAAUUGGAUAAGUAAUGCCAGCUUUUGGAGUUGGUCAAUGUAUUGAGAGUAAAGCCAAGAAUUGGAAUCAAGGUAAUUUAAAUUUUGUUAAGUAUUGUUUAGGACAAUUAGUUUUUGGAGUAUUAGAAUGUGCUUAGUAUUGUGUGAGAAAGGUUAAUAAACUAUUUAAGGUACCAUCUUUUGUAGAGAUUGGUGAUCCAAUAAUUCCUUUGACUUUGUCAAUGUAAAUGAAUUGAAUUAAAAUAUUAGUUAUGGUGUGACAGGUUUGACUGCUCUGAAUGCUAUGAAACAAAUACCAGAAUAGAAUAGACCAAUAAAGGAGAAAAAUAAGACUUUGUGUGUCUCUUCUGCAGCUGGUUCAACAGGAUCAGUAGUUUGCUAAAUAGCAAAGAAAAUGGGAUAUAGAGUUGUGGGUAUAGUAAGUAGUUAGGAGAAGGUUGAAUUCUUAAAAGAAUUGGGAGUUGAUGAAUGUGUUACAUAUAAUUAGUGUAAGCAAAAUGAGGAAAUAAAUGUGAAGUAAAUAUUUAAUUAAUAAUCAAUUAGUGAAUUAACAAAAUUAAUUAAAUCUCAUGCAUCUUAAGGAAUAGAUGUUUACUAUGAUAAUGCAGGAGAAGAAAUCUUAGAUGCAGUUAUACCAGUAAUAAAUAAGAAUGGAUAUGUAUUAUUAUGUGGAGCUACAUCUACUUAUAAUUCAUGGAAAUAGAGAUGUGGUUUAUAGAAUUUGGCAAAGGCUAUUUAGAAUUCAAUUAAAUUUGAGGGGAUAAUGUUUUUGAAUGAGAAAUAAAAAAUGUAUGAUGGAUUUGCUGAGAUGGUAGAAAUGGUUAAUGAAGGAUCAAUAAAACAUUAAGAAGAAAUAUUGUUAGGCAUAGAAUAAUUUAUUAUUGGAUUAUAGAAUGUUUUCUUAGGAAAGAAUAAGGGGAAAACAAUCAUUCAAAUUUAUGAUAAUUAAUUAUAGUAGGCUAAAUUAUGA